AUGUACUUCAAGAGCUUGAUCACCGUUGCCUUCACCGCGCUGAUGGCCGGACAGGCGCUCGGCAUCGCGACCGACCCCUACUACGCCUGCAACUGCCCUAACAACUGCAGCCACGAUGUCAACUCUAGCUGCAAGUACUACGCCAAUCAUUCCAACAGUGGCCCGGUUGUCAGCGGCCGAUGCCGCAACCAGGGCGACGGUAUGCUGGUUUGCGAGCAGCAGUAA